AUGGAAGCGAUUUACAUAUUUCUAACAUCGCUUGUUAUAAUUACUACAUGUUCAGCAAGAACUUAUUCAAGUAGCAGUAGUUCUGACGGUGCCUUCUCGACUGGUGCGAUUGUAGGUAUUGCAUUGGGUGCUGUCGCUUUUUUUACGCUUCUUGUAGUAUUCAUCGCCUGUAUGAAAAUGAAACAAGCGAAAGCACGAAGAAUAAAUGCCAUUCCUACAGCAAUGCAAAUGGCGGCUUUAGCUCAAGAAGAAAAUCGAUAUAAGCCACCAGGUAGUGUUCAAGUACCAUCCUAUAAUCAACCACCACCGUAUAAUCAAGCACAACCAUCAAAAAUGACGCCGGUUUCAUGA